AUGUUUCUAUUUCAGAAAGAAAAGAGAGGGAUUGUCAUGGUUAAUUUUUAUAAUGACUACGUAACAUGCAAACAAGCUGCUAACAUCUCAGAUGUUGCUGAUCACUUUGACCAUAUCAAGAAAGUGGCUGGUUCUAGUAUCAUUGGAUUUGGUGGCGAUUAUGACGGUGUGCCAAGGGUGCCAGAUGGUCUAGAGGAUGUAUCAAAGUAUCCAGACCUGGUGGCUGAACUUCUUAGGCGCAAAUGGUCAGAGGAUGAGAUCAGAGAUUCUCUGGGACGAAACCUGCUGAGAGUGUUCAGCGAAGUGGAGGAAGUAAGAGAUCACCUAAAUGGUACCAAACCAGAUGAUAUACCCAUCCCUCUUAAAGAAGUUCAAAAUCCCUGCAGGACAGACUUUGGUUAUCAAGAUACAUCCAGUUCAACAUGCAUAAAAUCUUUCUAUCCGCUAGUCUUGAUUCUGACACUACUGAACAAGUUAUUAUAACCAACCCCUCAGUUGACUGUAUACUCCUGUAGUACUGUUUUUGGAGUAUGCAAAGGAUCUCUGAUAAAGGCCUGUAGAGAAAUUCUGUAAGGGAACAUUUUAGAGAGCAAGUGUUUUUAAGAUAAAUUAGACAUGUAAUUAUUUGAAAAUUGCCAAUUUUCUGUUCAGUGUCAUGCAAGUCAAACGUGUGAACAGCUAUUUUUUAUUAUUGCUAUUUUCCAUAUUUUACAAAAAUAACAAAGUCAAAGUCAAAACUAUGAAAUAAUACAAAGGGAAGCAUGGGCAUUAUGCAAUGACUGAAAAAGCAAACUGAAAACAUCAGUAUUUGUGCCCUGUUUCUAUAUUUGUCCUGUUAGAUUUGAUGGUUUUCUGUUGAUUUAUUAGAGGUGAAAACUAGCAAAUUAUAGGCAGCUUUAUUAUUAAAUGAUGAUACUGACCACUCUGUAUGACAA